UUCUUUUAGCAUACACUAUGUCGUUGCAAAAAACAACUCAUGCACAGAUCACAACGACAAAAAGUUAAUUUUUGGUUACCAAAUUGACAUGCAUAUUGGCAAAACCACACAACAAAUUUACAUAGUUACUACAAACUCACCUUAAUUAAUUGUUCAUACAAUAGAUAGUUACAGCAUGCUUGGUGGUGGUAGCAGAAGCAGCACAAGACUAAUUGGACAAUCAUCAUAUUCAUGUCCACCAAGAAUGGUUACAAUUUCAUCAGAGGCUGCUUCUUCUUUCUCUUUUGCAUCGCCUCUUAAAAGAUACGAUGUUUUUAUCAGUUUUAGAGGCGAGGACACGCGCAAUAACUUCACAAGCCAUCUUUAUGCUGCCUUUCAGUUGAACAAAAUCCAAGCCUUCAUAGACAACAGGCUUCACAAGGGGGAUGAGAUCUCUCCCUCGAUUUUCAAAGCCAUCAAACACUCCAACCUUUCUGUGGUUGUUCUCUCCAAACACUAUGCUUCCUCCACGUGGUGCUUGCGUGAACUCGCGGAAAUACUUGAUCACAAGAAACGUGGUGGACACAUUGUUAUACCUGUGUUCUAUAAGAUCGACCCUUCUCAUGUAAGGAAGCAGACCGGCACUUAUGGGAAAGCAUUCGAAAAAUAUGAAAGAGAUGUUAAACACAACAUGGCCAUGCUGCAGAAAUGGAAAGCUGCUCUCACUGAAGUUGCCAAUUUAGUUGGGUGGGAAUUCAAGAAUCAUAGGACGGAAAAUGAACUCAUUGAGGGAAUUGUCAAAGAUGUUAUGGAAAAGCUGAAUCGUAUAUAUCCCACUGAAGUAAAAGAAACACUUGUUGGAAUUGAUCAAAAUAUUGCUCCUAUAGAAUCACUAUUGAGAAUCGGGUCAAAAGAAGUUCGCAUAAUUGGAAUUUGGGGCAUGGGUGGAGUAGGAAAGACAACCAUUGCCAAUGCUUUAUUUACCAAAUUAUCAUCUCAAUAUGAAGGUAGUUGCUUCUUGGCAAAUGUAAGGGAAGAAUAUGAAAAUCAAGGACUUGGUUAUUUACGAAAUAAACUUUUUUCUGAGGUACUGGAGGAUGAUGUGAAUCUCCAUAUUAGCACCCCCAAAGUAAGAUCCACUUUUGUUAUGAGGAGGCUUAGACAAAAAAAGGUUUUGAUAGUUCUUGACGAUGUCGAUGAUUCAAAGAAACUAGAAUAUCUUGCUGCACAACAUGAUUGUUUGGGAUCUGGUAGUAUAGUCAUUGUCACCACCAGAGACAAGCAUGUCAUUAGCAAAGGGGUGGAUGAAACAUAUGAGGUCAAGGGAUUGUCCCUUCACCAUGCUGUUAGGCUUUUUAGUUUAAAUGCCUUCGGGAAAACCUAUCCUGAAAAGGGCUUUGAAAUGCUAUCAAAACAGGUGGUUGAUCAUGCAAAUGGCAAUCCAUUGGCUUUAAAAGUUUUAGGUUCACUUCUCCAUUCCAGAAAUGAGCAGCAAUGGGCCAAUGCUUUGAGAAAACUCACGAAGGUUCCUAAUGCAGAGAUUCAGAAUGUCUUAAGAUGGAGUUAUGAUGGACUGGAUUAUGAACAAAAAAAUAUGUUCCUGGACAUUGCGUGCUUUUUCCGAGGAGAGAAUAUAGAAAAUGUUAUAAGGCUACUAGAAAUUUGUGGUUUCUAUCCAUAUAUUGGUAUAAAAAUCCUUCAAGAAAAAAGUCUUGUAACUUUUUCUGAUGACGGUAAAGUGUGUAUGCAUGACUUGAUACAAGAAAUGGGCUGGGAAAUUGUUCACCGGGAAUCUAUCAAAGAUCCUGGAAGGCGUAGCCGAUUGUGGGAUCCAAAAGAAGUCUAUGAUGUAUUGAAAAAUAACAGGGGAACUGAUGCAGUUGAAGGCAUAAUCUUAGAUGUGUCUCAAAUAAGUGACUUGCCCUUGAGCUAUGAGACCUUCUCAAGGAUGAUCAAUAUAAGAUUUCUCAAAUUCUAUAUGGGGAGGGGUAGGACAUGCAAUUUGCUCCUUCCUUCAGGUCUCAAAUCAUUGCCUAAUAAAUUAAUGUACCUACAAUGGGAUGGAUACCCUUCCAAGUCUUUGCCAUCAACUUUUUGUACUGACAACCUUGUUGUGCUUUCCAUGAUGGAAAGCCAUGUUGAAAAACUUUGGGAUGGAAUCAAGCCUUUGUUUUUUCAUUCUUUGUUGCUGCAGAGUUUUGCAAGUUUGAAAGAGAUCAACCUCCGUGCCAGCAAAAAGUUAACUAAUCUCCCAGAUUUAUCUCUGGCACCAAAUCUUGAAACUAUAGAUGUUUCUCAUUGCACAAGUCUGCUUCAUGUUCCCUUAUCCAUUCAAUAUGUCAAGAAGCUUCUUCUGUUUAACUUGGAAUCCUGCAAGAAUCUUAAGAGUCUUCCAAUAAACAUUCACUUGUCUUCUCUUGAAAUGUUCAUUCUCAGACGCUGUUCAAGUCUUGACGAGUUUUCAGUGACUUCACAGAACAUGACAAGCCUAGACUUGAGAGAAACAGCAAUAAAAGAUUUCCCAGAAUAUCUUUGGGAGCAUCUGAACAAGCUUGUUUACUUGAAUCUGGAAUCCUGCAGCAUGCUCAAGAGUCUUACAAGCAAAAUUCACUUAAAAUCUCUUCAAAAACUCAGUCUGAGAGAUUGUUCAAGUCUUGAGGAGUUUUCUGUGACUUCGGAGAACAUGGGAUGCUUGAAUUUGAGAGGGACAUCAAUAAAAGAAUUGCCAACAUCACUUUGGCGCAAUAACAAGCUUUUUACUUUGGUUCUUCAUUCCUGUAAAAAACUUGUGAAUUUUCCUGACAGACCAAAACUUGAGGAUCUGCCUCUCAUUUUCAAUGGGGUAUCCUCCUCUGAAAGUCCAAAUACGGAUGAACCAUGGACUUUGUCAUCCUUAGCAGAUUUAUCUCUAAAAGGAAGCAGUAUUGAGAAUUUACCUGUAAGCAUCAAAGAUCUUCCUAGUCUUAAAAAGCUUACCUUGACUGAGUGCAAGAAACUUCGGUCUUUACCAAGCCUUCCUCCAUCCUUGGAAGACUUGUCCUUAGAUGAAAGUGAUAUUGAGUGUUUAUCUUUAAGUAUCAAGGAUCUUUCUCACUUGAAAAUACUUACCCUAACCAACUACAAGAAGCUUAUGUCUCCACAAGACCUUCCAUCAUCUUCAAAAGCUUCAUUACUAAAUGAAAGUAAAGUUGAUUCCCAUCUUGUGAGCAUGAAAGGUCUUUCUCAUCUACAGAAGUUUCCUCUGGUUAAGUGGAAAAGGUUUCAUUCUCUACCAGAGCUUCCACCAUUCUUGGAAGAAUUGUCACUAAGUGAAAGCAAUAUUGAGUGCAUACCUAAAAGCAUAAAAAAUCUUUCUCAUCUGAGAAAACUAGCCAUAAAAAAGUGCACAGGGCUUCGAUAUUUACCAGAGCUUCCACCAUAUUUGAAAGAUUUGUUUGUACGUGGAUGCGAUAUUGAAAGCUUGCCAAUAAGCAUCAAAGAUCUUAUUCAUUUGCGAAAGAUCACCUUAAUUGAGUGCAAGAAGCUCCAGGUUCUACCAGAGCUCCCACCAUGCCUGCAAUCAUUUUGUGCAGCUGACUGCAGAUCACUUGAGAUUGUUCGAAGUUCAAAGACUGUCUUAAUAGAAGAUAGAUAUGCAUACUAUUACAAUUGCAUAAGCUUGGAUCAAAAUUCACGCAACAAUAUCAUUGCAGAUGCACCCUUUGAGGCAGCUUAUACUUCUUUGCAACAAGGAACACCUCUUGGUCCUCUCAUUUCUAUUUGUUUGCCGGGAACUGAAAUCCCAGACUGGUUCAGCUACCAAUCAACAAAUUCUUCACUGGACAUGGAAAUUCCUCAACAGUGGUUCAAAGAUUCAAAGUUCUUAGGUUUUGCCCUGUGCCUUGUAAUUGGUGGCUUCCUGCAAAACAGUUAUGAAGGGUAUGAUCCAGAUGUCAAGUGUUAUCACUUUGUGAAGUCUGCCUUUAACUCUGACCCCAGUGUUCCCUUUCUUGGCCAUUGCACAACUGUAAUGCAGGUGCCACAAGGUUUUAAUUCAGACCAUAUGUUUAUAUGCUACUAUCCCACUUUUAAUGCCUCCAUUCUACAAGAUUUCAAGGAUUUAGGCAUGUACUAUGAUGCCAACAGCUUAAGGCUCCGAGUCAUCUUUAAAUUUAAGGGUCCAUAUCAACGGUUGGACAUUGUAAAGAAGUGCGGGGUCAGACCUCUGUUGAUUGCUAAUACUGAAAGGUUUCACAUAGAAAGUGAACUACAACCUGAAUAGAAGGGGGCAUGAAUUGAAACCGAGAUUUUGAUGAAAUAUAUUAUAGCCGUAAGAAGAAAAAGAACCAUGAAGUAUAACAACAGUUGACACAAGUGAUAGUGACUUAUAUUCCUUAACCAAGUGGUCCAGGUUUCGAAUCCUAGUCGACAUUGGAAUAUGAAAUAAAUUGUGUUGGUAGGAGAAUAUCCACAUUGUGUGCACUCAAGGUCCUUGACGAAGAUUAGUCACUGCUUCCAGCAGGAGCUACUUUGUACCAAUAUCAUUGUUAGCAAAAAAAAAAAAAGAGAACCAUGAGUACAACCUGAAGCAAAGGAAAAGAUUUGAAUCCAAUGGUUGCUGAGUAAGAGAGUACAUCCUUGAAACCAUAGGACAACUUUGAGGAUUCUAGUGAUGAGCCGGUAACCUGGUCUGAGGGUGUGUAGAUAAAGAGGAGGGACCUUAAAAAUUGCUGAACCCGCGGUCAUUGUUUGUAGCACACAGAUUGAAAUUGUGAGAUUCAAACUUAGGACCUAAUAAUUGAUUCAAGCAACGUUAACCAUUACGCCUACUUAGUUAAUGACUGGACAGAGUCUUUUGUUAUUUAAACAAAUUUCAUUUGAGUCCAGGUCUAAUAACGUUAAUUGGAUAUAUACUUUAUUAUUAAAUAAAAUUUCAUUUGAGUCUCAGUUUA